AUGAGUACUGACCCUCUUUCUUUUCAGCAAUGGGCAACUUUUGCCAGAGCCUGGUACCUCCUCGAUGCGAAGAUGCAGCCCCCAGGAAAGAUAGCAGCUGCCACUGUCAUCAGACUCGAAGGCAGACAUAAACCUAUUUAUCAUGCACUAAAUGACUGUGGCGAUCAUGUUGUCAUAAUAAAUACAAGACAUAUUGCCUUCUCUGGUAACAAAUGGGAACAGAAAGUAUAUUCUUCACAUACUGGUUAUCCUGGUGGUUUCAAACAAGUGACAGCAACUCAGCUCCAUUUGAAGGAUCCAACUGCUAUUGUUAAACUGGCUGUUUAUAGAAUGCUUCCAAAGAACCUUCAGAGAAGAACUCUGAUGCAGAGGCUACACCUGUUCCCUGAAGAUGUUAUUCCAGAAGAUAUAGAGAAGAACCUUCUACAGGAGAUUCCUCAGCCACGAGCAGUCCCCAAGAGGUUAGAUGAGUAUACACCAGAGGAAAUUGCUGCCUUUCCGAAGGUUUGGACUCCACCUAAAGAUUUUCGAAGGAAGUAAUGACAAGAAAAGAAGUGCCAUCAGAAGUGUCUCUCGUCCUUCAGAGAAAAUUCAUCUAAUAUGGAAGCAUCUGUGCAGCUCAAUCAACCCUUCUAUGUUAAAUGUUUCUGACAGCUGUUAGCAAACUUGACUUGGCAAGAUUAAAUAAAUUACUGUAUUUGAAAUAGCUAAGAAUAGGUAUUAUCUUGUUAAUACCAUCUGUACUCUGCAU